AUGGAAAAUUAUAAAAUUCCGGAUUCUAGAAUCAAUUCACCUGCCCGCCAUUAUUUUCGUCGGUCGCCCAGAUAUGCUCGUCUCAAUGGACGUUUGUCCUGGUGCGCUGUAGGACAGACGUACUUACAAAUCGACUUGGGCAGAACUUUCAAGGUGACGUCAAUAGCGACCCAGGGAGGUAGAAUGGAUACAGGGGACAAGUGGGUGAAACAGUACAAAGUCGCAUUUUAUGCUGGAGCAACACGUGUCGUGUACAGUGAAUCUGGGUUAGAAAAGGUAAGAAAUCUCAGAUUACAUUGUAAGCCACAUAUAUAUUUUUGUCUUUAUCAUUAUAUUAGUGUUGUUUUUCUCUUUCUUCGUUUACUUAUUUAUUGUUGGUUGUACGUUUUACAAGUCACAUAUGAUUGCGACACUAUGCAUGUUUUUUGAUCAAGGUCUCCUUUUCAGGUUUUCAGGUAUUUAGACAUUGUCUUUUAAAGGUAGCUAUAAUCACAAUAGAGUAGUUUAAAAUUGGAUUUUGUGUUGUAAAUUGCUAGAGUGAUUUUACUUGACCAGUGAACCAGAUACUAACUACUAGACAGUCCAAAGUAGUAACGGCAGGGUAAAGAAGCAUAUAGAAAAUGCAAUUAGUGCAUCUUGAAAGUGCGUAGUACUCUACUACCUAUUUCACGGGUUAGGUAAAAUUACUCUCAUGUGUUUAAUACAUAUAAGUAUUAUUUUCCUUUGUCAUUUAUUCCAUCUUCAUUGUUGUCUCUAGGGAAAAGUCCUUGUUCUGUUCAUUAAUUUACAUCGCUGGGAGACCAUCUUCGCAACCCUUCUUUGACAGUGUUAUCACUGGUUGCUCGGGGGCAACAAAUCAACCCCUUCGGUAUUAUUACCUAGCUAUGCUUACACGCUUAUAAUAUGGAUGUUGUCACCUCUUUCCUCAGCCUAUACAGGGAAAUAGAGAUGCCUCAUGUCAUGAAAUGUCAGUUGAAGGAGCCUUUUGUGACCAGAAAAUUGCGUAUUUACCUUGGUUUGCAAUUCCAACCUUUCUGCUUAAGAAUGGAAAUAUAUGGAUGUAA